UUAAGUUUAAUCUAAAACUAGGAGUGUAAAUGCUGGGAUAGCCUGAGCUGUAGUAGUAUUGAUCAUAUUGUAAGGGGGGGCAGCAGGCGGGUUGAAUGUAGAUAAACUGCUUGCCUUCUUUUUUUUAUACAACAGAAAGUGUGCAGGCAGACUGAGGGAGUUCACCAGCGGAGCAGCCAUGUCUGUGUUUUUCCUGGGUGUUGGAAUCGUUGUAGUUGCUUAUUUUCUGCUUCGUAUUUACGUGUCAGGAGCGAGAUGUAAAAGUAAAGCGAAGCUUGACGGUAAAACGGUGAUCGUUACCGGCAGUAACACUGGGAUCGGGCGGGAGACGGCGGUGGAUCUGGCCAGAAGAGGAGCUCGGGUUAUCCUGGCGUGUCGCAGUCAGAGCCGGGGAGAGGCGGCUCUGGCCAUCGUUAAAAGAGAGAGCAGCAGCAGUAACGUGGUGUUUAUGCAGUUGGAUCUGGCCAGUCUGAAGUCCGUCCGCUCCUUCGCUGAGACUUUCCUCAAAACUGAGAGCAGACUGGACAUCCUCAUCAACAACGCAGGCGUUUAUUUGCAGGGCAGGACAGAGGAUGGCCUGGGCUUAAUGUUUGAAGUCAAUCACCUCGGUCACUUCCUCCUGACUCAUCUGUUGCUGGACAGACUUAAAGAGUGUGGUCCAAGCAGAGUUGUGAACGUGUCAUCUAUGCUUCAUCAGCAUGGGAACCUUGAUUUUAACGUCUUUAACACUCACAAGGAAUUCGGAGCAGGUGAUUCCUUAAUGGACGUCAUGAAGGUAUACAGCCACAGCAAGCUGUGCAACGUGCUGUUCACACACGAGCUUGCGAAGAGGCUGCAAGGAACCAACGUCACCUGCUACAGCCUCCAUCCAGGAGUUAUUAAUACGGAAUUGACUCGCCACUACAGCAAAGUGCUUAAGAUGGUACUGAAACCCAUUAUACGGCUGUUUUCUAAAGAUCUGGAGGCCGGUGCCCAGACUACUCUGUACUGUGCUGUGCAGGAGGGCAUUGAAGGCCUGAGUGGCAGAUAUUUCUCAGACUGUGCAGUAAAGGAAGUUCAGCCCAAGGCUCGGGACGAUGCUGUGGCCAAGAAGCUUUGGGAAUUGAGUGAGAAGCUGUGUGACCUCUCCUGAGCUAAUAACUGAUCACUAUAAUCUUACAUUUCAGAGACAUUAACAUGUUUGUGCAGAAAUUUCUAUUGAAAAUAUCCUGUGUGUAAAAGUUUACCAACACCCAAGACAAAUCUCUCUUGUAAGUGAAUCAAUAAAUCUGACUGACUACA